AUGAAGCUCAUCGCCGCCCUCCUCUCCCUCAUCGCCCUCGCCUCGGCCGACCCGGCAUUCAUCCGCCCCUUCGGGCCCUGUUAUCCCAAUGUCUGUAAUAUUGCCGUUUCCAUGAACCGGCUCGGCGUGCCUGCAUCCAAGGUGCGCUCAUCGCACUGCGCCAGCUUCCUACGCACAACCGUCACUCCUGCUGCGACGACUGUGACCGAGACCGUCACCGUCACUUUCGAUGAUGAGUCCCCGACCACAACCCCUGUGUCCUCGUCCAAGGUCUCUAGUGCCGCCCCCGUGACCAUCACCCCGACAUCCAUCCCCAAUUAUGCGCGCGCAUGCCUCAAGGCAAAGGAGUACGCCACCGCCUGCUCAUGUUUUGGUGUUACUGGUACCGUAACGACGGUACCGACACCCACGGUCACUGUCACCAGUACGUUGAUGGUAUUUGAUGGGAAGGAUGAUGACGAUGGGGAUGACUGGGAUAGUGAGGAGGAGUGUGAGCUGUGA